AUGAAUAACGUCCUUGAUGGUUUGAAGAAAAAGUUAGAAAGGGUGACUGUCCUUACUUCAAAUGAGGAUAGUGAUGAGGACGGGGAUUUGGGUGGUAACCCCAUUGGAGUAUGCAUUGGUGAUGAUGAUUUUCUGAGCACCUCCAAAGAUGCAGUGGGAACCUCAACCCCCGGGGAUCUUCAUAAGUGUGUCGCUGUGCUCGAGGAAGCGAUGUUGGAUAUUGCUACUUAUAUCAGAGAGAAAAGAAUGAAGAAAAAGAAAAUAGAUGAGCGACAACACGAUGCAUGUGACCUUUGUGAAUUGGAGAGGAAUAAAGAACGAGAAAAAAAAAGAAAAAUGGAUGAGUUGGCCUCUGUUGUGGAAAAAGAGGAAAAUGAAGAAGAAAGUUGGAUGAUGAAGAAGAUAAGAGACAAGAAGAAGGUGGAAAAAAAGAGAAGAAGGUGUAAAGAAAAGGAAACUGAAGAAGCACCAGCUACUGCACAUGCUGAAAAAAAAGAAGAAGAAGGUGAGAAUGAAGAAGCAGCUGCAACUGUUGAGAAAAAAGGAGCUGAAGCUGACCCAAAAGAUGUGGUCAUGGACAUUGUUGUUGAAAUCAACAGUAACACUAGUGUUAAUGAGGAACUUAGUAAAAAAGACAUUUGA